UACCUUACUGAAAACUUAUGGUGGCCUCCAGGCCUUUUCCAAGUCUGGGUCGGUACACCAUGAAAUUGCAAGUGUGGAUUAAGGUACAGACAGAGCAGAUUGCUUGGAGCAAUGUCCUGACAGGAGCCCUGUCAGCAGGUCACAGUAGACAUGGGAGAAGUGGAGGAAGCCAUGCCAUCUUCAGGGAUGCCUUAGGACCCAGCCAUCUUCAGGGAUGCCCUGUUGACUCAGCACUGUCUACAGCAAGUUGAUGGGGGAACAGGAUGGGAAGCUGGGAAAUGUCAAGUUGUCAUAUUCAUAUAAGUAGCAGGUAGAGGGAAAAAGCCCAGAAGGCAUGCAGCUUUCCCUUUCUCUGCCAAUAUUUAUCUCAAUUUCACCAGCAUCUCUGCCUUGGCCAGGUGAUCAGCCAGUAGGCACUUCCAGCUCAGGAGUCGUGAUUUACCAGUUGUCAGAAAGAUUCCUGAUAAUAUAUUGGGAAUAUAUCAAGUCCCUGUUGUAGGAAAAGUUGAAAAGAGCACUCGGAAGUGGGUUGGUCUCCCACCAGAGAUUGUAGUAGGUGAGAUUGGGUUCUGCAUUCCCUUUGGCCUUCUUUUUCAUGGAGUAUUUUGUGGAAGAACUUAAAAGCUCCUGAAAAUUAAUCUUCUGACUAGAUUUGUGGAAGGGGUGAGAGUGAAGGAAGACUUUCUGAACAUGUCAGAAUCAACCCAAAAACCUGGUGGGAGGAUGUUAGAGCAACAGCAAAUUGUGAGAAAUACUAAAAGUGUCAGCCUUUCUGCUCACCUCUGACAUUGCAGAUCUUUCCCUCUCAGAUGUAGGCAGGCUCUCCUCCACACAGAGGAGGCAGAGGGUGGAGCUCGGCGCCUGUAUAAAUUAUAUGUGUCCUUCAGGUUAUUUCAGCAGCAGCAGCAGCAGCAGCACAACAAGCUGCCAGCCUGUUUGUCAGCUGACAGAUCUGUUAACCAAAUUGGGGUUUCGGUCCUGCCGCCAUCUUCAGUGCCAUGGGGAGCCCACCAGCCAAGUGACGGCAUCAGACUGCUAUGUACGCUUGUGGCUGCCGUCUGCUUCGCCUGGAAAGCUUCAGACCAAAACCAUCAGGAAUUCUGACAACCCUGUCUGGAAUGAGACUUUCUACUUUAGGAUCCAGAGAGAAGUUGAGAAUAUUUUAGAAUUGGCAGUGUGUGAUGAAGAUGUACUCACCAAAGAUGACAUGCAGUUCACAGUUCUUUUUAAUGUUGCUAGAAUCAGACCUGGGGAGACAAUCCGCGAGACAUUUGCUUUGAAAUCAGAGACAGAGAGGUGCUCUAAGAAAUGGGAAAGUUUGGAAGUGGAAUUCUGGAUGGAAAGAGUUCCUGGUCCUCCAGAGCAUCUCAUUACCAAUGAUGUCCUAGUGUCUCGUGAGGUUUGCUGCUUGGAAGUGCACGUAGACAUUAACGAAAGUAGGAGAUACUUGAAAGAGGGUAAAAAUCUCGUGCUUACGGUGCCUGCAUCCCACGAGAGAACACAGAAGACGACAGAGGACACCGACACUUUCUACUUCCACUGCGUGAAGGCUUGGGAGCCAGUUCUAAAAGUCAGGCUGCAGAAAGUUUCUGAUAAGGAAGAUGACGACAGCAAUUUAAGUGACACCUUAACGGUACCACUGAAAUUUCUCCCUGUUGGACAUAAAGUGAAAAUAACCCUUCCCGUAAGACACAAUGUCCCUCUACAGUUGUACCUCCAACUAAAUGCUUGCACAGAAAAACUAGAUGUGCGCCUAGGGUAUGAUCUGUGCCAAGGAGAGCAGGAGUUCCUGCAUAAGAGGAAGAGAGUUGUUGCUGGUGCUCUGAAAAAGGUUCUUCAUCUGGAAAGAGAUCUACAUGGACAUGAGGUCCCAGUAAUAGCUGUUAUGGCAACAGGUGGAGGUCUCAGAGCAAUGUCAGCUAUGUUUGGCCACCUCUUAGCUCUUCAGAAGCUAAAUCUGUUGGACUGUGUCACCUAUCUCACAGGGGCUUCUGGCUCAACAUGGACACUAGCAGACCUGUAUGAGCAUGCUGACUGGUCACAGAAGUCUCUGGAGGGGCCACUUAAAGCUGUAAAAGAACAAGUGACAAAAUGCAAACUCAACCUUAUGUCUCUAGACCAUCUGAAGUAUUACCACAAGGAACUUGCUGAAAGGGCAAAAGCAGGACAUGUCCCAUCUUUUACAACUCUGUGGUCACUUGUUCAGGAGAUGUUCUUGCAUGAGCAGCCAAGAAAGUACAAACUCACAGACCAGCGCAAGGCACUGGAGCAUGGACAAAACCCACUGCCUUUCUAUGCAGUCCUCAAUGUGAAAGAGGAGAAGUUUGGUACUUUCAAAUUUAGAGAGUGGGCAGAUUUCUCUCCUUACGAAGUGGCCAUACCAAAAUAUGGAGCCUCCAUUCCUUCAGAAUAUUUUGACAGCGAGUUCUUCAUGGGAAGGAGAGUGAAGAAGCUGCCAGAAUCUCGGAUCUGCUAUCUGGAAGGUCUUUGGACAAACAUCUUUACUAGGAAUUUGCUGGAUGGCUUGUACUGGUCCUCAAAUUCAAAUGAAUUCUGGGAACGGUGGUCCCAAGAUAUGGUAGAUAUAGAAAAGCAUUCUCCUGAGGAAGAUGUUACUGUUAUUGAGCCUCCAUCUUGCUUGUCAGGAAAGUUGUAUGAAAUGUUUCAGGACAUCAUGACCAAGCGUCCACUACUGGGAAAGUCUCAUAACUUCCUGAGAGGCUUAGAGUUUCAUAAGGAUUAUAUCCAUCAGAAAAAAUUUAUUGAAUGGAAAGACACUGUGCUGGAUGGUUUCCCUAACAAUCUGACACCUCUGCAGAAAUACCUGUGUCUGAUAGAUGUUGGCUAUUUCAUCAACACCAGUGGUGCAGCACUUUUCAAGCCAGAGAGGAAUGUAGAUGUCAUCAUAUCCCUUGAUUAUGGUUUGGGACAUGUGUUCAAGCAAUUAGAGAUGACGUACAAAUAUUGCAAGAUACAAAACAUCCCAUUCCCCAAAGUGGAGCUAAGUCCAGAAGAAGAGAAGAACCCAAAGGAAUGUUACAUAUUUGCAGAUGCAGAGGACCCCAGAGCACCUAUAGUCAUCCAUUUUCCUUUGGUGAAUGACACCUUUAAGGAAUUCAAGGAGCCAGGGGUGAAGCGUGGUCACUCGGAGAUGGAAGAAGGCAAAGUAAAUCUGGAGAACAACUGCUCACCGUACUACCUCAUUAGGCUAAUUUACUCCUCUGAAAACUUUGAUAAACUUGUGAACCUGAGCAAAUACAACAUCCUCAAUAACAAAGACCUGCUCCUCCAGGCCAUCAGGAGUGCUGUAGAAAGAAGGAAAAGCAGAAGGACUGGGAAUUUCUCCAGCUACUCUGGAUAUCCCUAGGCUGGGUUUUUGCCCUGUUCCCCACUGAAGGCUAUGGCAGCACAUUGCAACAAUCACAGUCAUGUUACAACAUAUCACAGUGUUCAUCCUUUGCAGAAAACUGAUGAAACCAGUACAUUUCUCACCUUGCCGUGUUCAGGCUCCCAGCUUUCAGCAGGGUUUAUUUUAUCUCCUUCUCUCGCAUUUUCAGACCACAGGAGUCUCACAAUGUGGUCUUGUUUAGAAAUUAGGGUCCUGGUAGGCAGAGAUCUCCCAAGAUCUCCUUGAUGUUGCAGUAUAUGGUGGUGGUGGUAGUUCUUUGGAUGAGCCUGUCCCUUCAACCCUGAGCCCAUUGUUGGUGUCCUUUCAAUAUUUGAUUACAGAUCAAGUCCUGGCCAUUUGCGUUCAGUGAUGUCCAGAUUUUCAGAUAGGCUGAGCAACUAGAAUUUGCACUGAAUUGGUGGGCUCAGCUUUGAAGUCAGGCAUAUAUAUGUGAAAAGCAGCCAAACUGCAGUGUGGACAACUGCACUCUGUCUGGCCUAUUUCCCUUGCUGAUUUAGAAGUUACUCCUUUUUUCCAUUCCCCUGCAAGACUUUGGCAGAGAAAUGCUGCUCCAGACCACCACAACGGGGGUGGUUACAUUUCAAAAGAGAGGGCAGUAGCAGCAGUGGGUGAGCACAGCUCCUUCGAGCAUUGGCUGCAGGAAAAGUUCUGCAUAAAGCACAUGUGAUUGUAUUGAUUUAUAUCAGCAGUGCCUUUUUGGAUUAAAAUGUCAAGAGCCUGAAACAAGUUUUUCAUAGCAGAAGUUUGAGAGGAAUAAUUACCAUAGACUCAAGUACAUUUAAUUUAGUGAUCGUGACUGAGACGUAAGCUGGUUCUCCUUACAGAUGUAAACUGAAUGUAGGACAACAUAGCUCACUAACAGAGUGCAGAGCCAUUGUAUUUUCACACACAGAAGAUUUUCCCUUUACAGUCUUCUACCCCUAACAUCACAGGCAAAGUAUUUUUAAUAGGUGCUACAUAAAAUAGAGCACAAAUUAAAAAAAAAUAGGACACACAUUUUCCUCCUUGCUGGUGGAAAAUAUUUGGAAAAUGACACCUGGUUUUCAUUUGCUUUGGAAUGCAGUGAGAGACUUUGCCUUGAGCUAGAAGCUUGGAACAUCUUUAUAGCACUCCACUAGAUUAAAAAGAUCAUAGGGAAGGAUGCUGAACAAUAUAAAACAGAGCUUCACAGAAGUCAGAGAAGUUUGCAGACUUCCUCACUCUGAAGGAUUUGGACCUGCCUCUGGAUUUUUUUUCCAAACACAGCAUAUUCAUCAGGACUUCCAAGGAAAAUCUUACAUAUUUCUUCUGUGUUGGAAAUUUACUUGAGAUCUAGAAUUAGUUGUACUUGAAAUCCAAAAUCAGACAAAGAACGAGGAAGAGGGGUCUGUCUUUUUGGUAUACACAGACAAUAUUGAAGCUCAAAGAGAGACCAUUUACAAAAGACUUGAUUGCCUGAAGCCUGCAUCUACUAAAUGCUGCUUCUGCUGCAAUGGCCAUGGCUGGGGUUUAGCAAUGCUUCUUGAACAAUGUUUACUUGCUGAGCUAAGGAACACACCCAGAACUGAGGAGCCUCCACGGCUGCAGUACAACCCUACCUCGGGAUUCAGAUCAUUAGAAGUUAACAACUAAUCAGAUACUGGCUGCAAGACAAAACAUAAAGAGCCAUUUUGAGUUGGGAGUUGA